UCUUUUCGAUUUUUGUGUAUUUUCAAACCCUUUGAGAGCGCGCAGUGAGUGCAGUGCCAUCUGUGAUAUUACAAAGGAAGGCGGAUUAUCAUAACCACAUUUUCAGUAUAUGGGAAAAAUGAGUUUUCUCAGGGCAUUUUCCUCGAUAAAUAGGGAUUUUCUCACAUAUCCUCUGGUGAGAUUAUACUCCACUGGUGCCGUCCCAGCGGCCAUGUCAAAGAAGAAGAAAUUGGGAAAGCUCGGCCCGGUGGUGGAAAAGAAAGAGCUUCCUGUGGAGACUGACGUCAACAAACUGAUCACUCACGUCUGCGGAAGCAACCUCUAUCAAACUGGCGAGGACAUCAAACUGAAGCCAGACUCCGAGUAUCCAGAUUGGCUGUGGACGCUGCACACGGGAAAGGCCAAGACUCUAGACGAGCUUGAUCCCACCACCAAAGCCUACUGGCGGCGCAUCCGGAAGAUGGGCCUCCGGCGCAACAACCAGAUGCUGAAGCUGCGAAAGUUCUAG